UUUUGGCUCAUUCACGUAAGUAUUUUUCAAGAGACAGACCUGCGUUCAUCUGUGUCAUGGAAGAUCUGUUGAAACAACUUAUUUUCAGAGCAGAAAGCCAAGGGGGAGAAGAAUGGCUGAGGAAGUGCUUACAGCAAGGACCGGACCAGCAAGAAGAGCUUCUUUUAUCUUCUAAUCCCGUCUGCUGCGCAGUACCUGGCGCGAGCGCCGAACUGAUCGAUCCUCCCUGCGAUAAUUUUGUGCGCAUGCGCGAAAAACCUGAGACCCGCUCGCCGAUUAAAAAACGUCAGCGGAGAGACAAGAGGGCAUAUUCCCCUUCACAAUAUGCGCCUCCUUCUAAGACCAAGAAAACCAACUUAUCUUCAAGCCGAGCCAGCAGGAAAAUUCAACGGCGUCAUUUUCAACAGCAUUCAACUGUCACUCAGGAGCCAUCACCUGCUUCAACAGUUGAUCAUCCUCCUACAUCAUCUGCUUCUGGUGAGCUGAAUUAUAACUUUUUAAGUGACUGCAAACCGCAGGGCACUAUUAAUCAAGAGAUUAAUUCACUUGACAUUGAUUCUUCUAAAUUGAAGAUUCAGUUGUUUGAUGAAUUUUUACUUUACCUAUCUAAAAAGGAUGAAUCACCAAAAAAUGUUUGGUCUGGAUUAGCAGAUGUCAGUCAAGUUAAUACCCUUAAUAGUCUGACUGCUGCUAAUUCAACCAUUCAACCGUUCACUAAUGUACCUAAAAUGUCCAAUAUUAACCCUGAAAUGGCAGUAAUUCCUGAGCUUGAAUUUAACUCAGGUAUAAAAGAGACAUCUGUUAAAGAAGUUCUGGUGUGUCAAAUUUCUCCAUUAGGGUUUCAUUUACCCUUGAGCGUGAAAGAAAAAAUUUGGAGAAAAGAAUAUGUUGAAAUUUUUUCUCUUCUUCCUUCAUCUAGUGAGAAUUUAAAAAGUGAAUUAUUGAAAGACAAAAAAUCAGAUUCUGAAGAAAAGAGAAAAUUACACCAGAAAUCCUUUUUUAACUGGCUGCAAGCAUUUAAUAUAUACGCAGCAGUUUUGGGUGAAAAAUUUCCUAGUCUUUGUACUGGUUUAUUUUACCAUGUAGAUACUAUUUUGGAGGCAUAUAGAAAUUUUGGCGGAAUGGGUUGGUGUCUGUAUGACGAAUCCUUUCGUCAGAAACUUGCAGUAUAUCCGAAUCUAAAUUGGGGUAGUAAAGAUGUCGGGCUUUGGUUGAAUUUAAUGCUCCCUAACAAAAACAAUCUUUUUCGUCAACCCAAUUUCAUUAACGUCAAAAAAGGUAUCUGUUUCGCAUUUAACGAGUCGCAUUGCAGAUGGCAACAUAAUUGCAAAUACCGACACGAGUGUUCUUUCUGUGCCGGUUCUCAUUCAGCCUCAAAAUGUUUUAAAAAACAAGGUAUUCACUUCCCAAUUUCUAACAAGGAAAUUCAAUCGUUUAAACAAGGUGACUCCGCUGAAUUUGCCAAGAAUAAUUCAGUGGCUAGGUCAUUACCCAAACAUUCAGAUGGCUAAUUUAUUAAUUGACAGUUUUACCAAUGGGUUUUUCAUACCUGAAUUUGUGGGUCCAGGUUGCAUUCUAGUUGAAAAUGCGUUAUCUGUAAAACAAAAUAUUGACAUUGUUAAAGAAAAAAUUGAAUCUGAAAUUUUGGCAGGUAGGAUUGCUGGUCCCUUUGAUUCUCCCCCCUUCUUGAAUUUUCGUAUAUCUCCUUUAGCUUUAGUUCCUAAAAAAGAACCAAAUUCUUUUCGUCUUAUUCACAAUUUAUCUUAUCCUAAAUUCAGUUCCUUAAACGAUGAGAUGGAAAAAAAUAAAGCCAGUGUGAAAUACUCCUCAUUUGAUCAAGCUUUGUCUUUUUUACAAAAAGCAGGCCGCAAUUCUCUUCUUGCCAAAGCUGACAUUAAAUCUGCUUUCAGACUACUACCUAUAAACCCCAUCGGUUAUAAUUCUUUGGGUUUUUAUUUUCUCGAUAAAUUCUUUUAUGAUAUGGCCCUUCCCAUGGGAUUCACCCUAUCUUGCUUUUAUUUUGAGGCGUUUUCAACUUUUCUACACUGGGUUAUGGAUAUUCACUCAGGUAGUGGAUUUUUACUACAUUAUCUCGAUGACUUUUUAUUUAUAGGUCGUGAAGAUUCGGAUGAUUGUAUGAAUCUUCUGAAUAGAUUCAUUGGUAUAGCUAAAUAUUUCUGCAUUCCAUUAGCUGUAGAUAAAACUGUCUAUCCUACUACGAAUCUCAAGUUUUUGGGCAUAGAUAUAAAUACAGUAACAAUGGAAUUUAGCAUACCAAUGGAAAAAAUCCAGAAUACUGUUCAACAAUUAACUCGCAUAUCCGGAAAAGAAAAAAUUACGCUUAAACAACUUCAGUCUCUUUUAGGUUCUCUUAAUUUUAUUUCUCGUGUGAUUCCCAUGGGAAGGGUCUUUUCUAAAAGAUUGUAUGCUGCCACAUCAGGACCUUCAAAAGUUGUAUGGAUUUUUGGGGAUGAACUGAUUCAAUUGGCUGAGAGAAGAUCUGCUUUUAGACAUUCUACUGUUAAUUUAGGUUAUUCAGCAGAAUUUUCCAUAAACUGGUUUUCCUUUGCUGACCUUAAAAUUUCUGAUAUCUUCAAGAAUGUCAGCCUUAUAUAUUCAAAAAUGUCGAAACCUGACCUGUUUAUUUUACAUAUUGGCUCGUUUGAUUUGGGAAAAAUCAAAACGCAUUUGUUAAUUUAUGAAUUAAAAGAAUUGUUAUGUAAAAUAUGCUACUUACUUGAUGGUGUUGUACUCGUAUUUUCUGACAUCAUCCCAAAAUUUUCUUGGUUCAAUUCUGAGUUAUCCUUUCUGGAAACAAUUAGGAAAAGAAUUAAUAAAAAAAUGGAGAUUUAUUUGAAGGAAAUUGGUCAUGGCAAUUACAGACAUGUUGAAUUAGAAGGAUUCGUUAGAGGACUUUACCAAGAAAAGGAUGAUCAGCUUUCUGAUAUUGGAUGUGAUAUAUUCAUUUCAGAUUUGCAGAACAUAAUUGAUAAUGGUUUUUAUUAAAGGCUUGCAAUGUUUAUUGGGCCACUUGUUUUUAUGUGGCGUUGUGGGGUUAAGUCACUCUCUGAGUGGACUGAGUGUUAUAUGGUUUAUUGGUUUAAAUAUUUACUUAUUUAUAUUUGAGAAUAAAUUGGAUUAACCAGAUUAUAAUUAAUUGGUUAAGUAAUAAGCAUU